AUGUAUCAUAUCCCCGUAGCUGCGCCCUUGGGAGUCUACGGCGCUCCCGCAGUUCCGUUGCCUUGCUCCCCGGCACCUUACGGAGCAGCUGCGCCACAUCCUGGAGCGUAUACAGGAGCCGCAGAAGCUUGGGGCCCUCCAGGUGUCGGCGACCCGCGCGUUGAUCGAACAAGUGAAGUGAGCCGCGAUGUGCGCCGAGGAAGCCGUGCGCCGUACCCCUCCAGCAGCCGCGAGCGCGCCGACACCCGGGCUCCGCAUCCGGCGCAGCCCGAGGAAAACAAGAUUUUUAUCGGCAAUCUGAAUCAACAAACCACCACGGAGAGCCUCACGGCGUACAUGAAACAGUUCGGAACGAUAGAAGACUCGGUGGUCAUGGUCGACAAAGUAACGGGAAACAGUCGAGGUUUCGGCUUCGUCAUUUUCGCUGACGCUGCGGCCGUCGCCGACUGCGUAGGCGCGGAGAAACACGUUAUUGAUGGCCAGGAGGUCGACGUCAGACAUGCGGUUCCAAAAGGCCAGGUCGUGAGCAAGAACGGAGAGGACGAUCAACAGAACAAAGUUUUCGUUGGAGGAAUCCCAGAGAGUCUCAGUGAAGAGCGAAUAGCAGCCUUCCUCUCUGAGCGUUUUGGCAGCGUGAAGAAAGUGUCUCUCAUGCACGACAAAAACACCGGCCGUUGCCGGGGCUUCGGGUUCGUCACCUUUCAGUUUCCUCACAGUGCACAAAACUGCGUGGGGAAGCACGACAUCGAUGGCCACCUCAUCGAGGUGAAGAAGGCGGAGCCGAGAUACGCCACAACCAAGCCUCAUAUGGGGGAUGAUCGACGAGGCGACGACAGGUUGAGACGAAGAGAGGAGAAUGGCUACGACAGGCCCCAUUCAGGUCCGUAUGGUCUACCGCCCGAUGUUGACGCAUACGCCGCAGGGCCAAUGCGGCGAGGGCAUUAUCCGCAAACUCUGCGACCGGCAGCGCGAGCUGACUAUGAUGGUUACGCCGGGGCUGGGCGGCCGUAUGUGCCUCCCUCAGACCCGUACGCUGCAGUAGCGCCUGGAGUGCACUACCCGCCCGCAGCCCCCGUCGCGGCGGCGGUGCCUGCGUACGGCCUGCCGCCGCCAGGCAGUGCGCCAGGCCCCUACAUGGCUGCGCCGCCGUCGCCGACCUCUUCGCAUCCACCGGCUUCUCUGGGGGCAGUGUAUCAGCAAAUCUAUCCUGCGCACUCUGUGGCAGUAGACCAAGGACCCGGCGACUCUUAUGGUCAGUUCGCAGCACCCGGGACGGCUGGCGCUGGGGACACAGUCGUCGAUCCGUAUGACAUGCGAAAUGCAGCAGCUGGUAGACAGACCCGAUACACACGGCCUCCUGCGUCGAGGGUCCACCCGUACUAG